CGUGAGCUGAAGCUCAUUUGCAUACGAUUAAGAGUGAACCGUUACUUUACUGCGCUGACGUCUGGCAUCGAGCCGAAGUCGCUGAUACGCCGCCGCGAAACUUUUUCGAGAAAACUCAUAGAAAAAAAAUUGGAAAUGACGCUGUGUUUAGACUUGUCUAGGCCGAGUAUGUAAACACGUUGACAGAUUACCGCAAUAAACAUCGGCCUUUAUUGUAUAAAUAUCGUUCGAUUGAGGAGGCGCAUUAAGCGCGCACGUCGGAUUGUUUGUUGUUGGUUUGAACGCGAAUCCGACGGCAAACCGUAAAUAAACAAUAACAGUGCGGGAUUUGUUGUUUUUGUGCGAAUUGUGUCGAAUUUUCCAAUAUGAACGAAGUGCCGUUGAGUGAAGCUCUCAAUUUUACCGGCAGGCCCGAGAAUAACAACUUACAUCCGCAUAUAUUGACUGCAGAUUUGCUCAACAGCGAUCUGCACAAAAUCAAGUCGGAGCCUGAUGUGGGGGAUUAUCCAUUACCGUCACUUUCCACCACUCUGUCCCUUCAUCCACAUGGUCUGCCACCCUCGCCCAACUACAGCCUGAGCAGCGCUCAGGCCAGCGUUCUGAGCAACCACAGCAACGCCUCACAUUCCUCGCCAGCCACUCCCGAGGAGGUGGCAAGAGCGCCGAGCGCCAGUUCCAGCCACUCACCGCAGCCGCAGCCCUCUUCGUCCACCACGCCGACCAAUAGCAAGCCGCCCUACUCAUACGUAGCGCUGAUCGCCAUGGCGAUCCAAUCCUCGCACAUGAACAGAGCGACGCUCUCAGAAAUCUACUCGUACAUUAUCUCCAAGUUUCCGUACUUUGAGCGGAACCGCAAGGGGUGGCAGAACUCGAUCAGGCACAAUCUCAGCCUGAACGAGUGCUUUGUGAAGGUGCCUCGGGAGGGUGGCGGCGAGCGCAAAGGCAACUACUGGACGUUGGAUCCGCAAUACAAGGACAUGUUCGAGCACGGCAACUUCAGAAGGAGGAAGAGGAUGAAGCGGCACUACCGCACUGCGCCGCCUUAUCCGAAGGCGUUCUUUGGGGAUGCGCUGGGGCAGCACAGUCUGACGCCUCUCACACGAAACAUUUUCUCGUCGCCCUCUGCCUAUCCGCCUCCUUAUUCCCGGUAUGAGCCCACGUGGAUGGGGCCCAGUCAGCUCAGUUCUUACACUACGUGCCAGACUGGCGGUUAUCCGCAACAAGGGUACCCGCCACCCACGGCGUUCAACCCUUGCAGCGUGCGCCAAGAGGCAGGGCCCCGCUACCCCCCUUACUGGCCCCCCACAGAUCCCGAAUACUCAGCUGCAGCGCACAGCAGCCCGCCCACGGAUCCCCAGCUGCUUCUGCAGUGGUGACUGCACUGAACCUUGGAUCAGAUCGAGGUUGCGUGAUAAAAGACCGUAUGUGGUACUACUGAAGUUUCAUUACUGUGUCUCUUUUUGGUAUUUUUCUGACCGUCCAUAACUUACUUUAGUACCUACCUACCUACUGUGUCCCGUUUAGUUUCAUGUUUUUCAGAUUGUUUUCCUCCUCAGCUUUUAUGUACCAAAGAUCGGAUGAAUAUGGAACUAAAGUAAAUGAUGAACUGUGUAGUUUCGUCGAUGUAAAAAUAGCAUUCAUAGAACUUAGAUGAUAGUUUAGAGCGCGGUGGGACGCUUUGCAUGAUGCGCAGUCGGUUCUGUCACUGUUCGAGCUUAAUGCAGCUGAUUUUCCAAAGUUUCCCACCUAAGAAACCAGACUUUACCCGAUAGUUUAACUAACAUUUUGUUGUUUAUAUUCCGUCCUUCCUGUUAGCAAAGUACGUAGGACUUUUGUUUUUAUUUUAUGUAUUUAUAUGUAAAUUAGAUAUUGAAAAUAAAUUGAAAAUUACACAAA